UGUCGGGACAGCAAUGAUGUCCGCGCUUGUUUGAAAACCUGCCGUAGCCAAAUCCGCAGUUUGGCUCCUGAUCCGAUUUGUUUUUAUGUUGCCGCCGGUGGAGGCUCAUACAGAGGAAAGACAAGGACUCCGCGACAAGAGCCAGACUAUUCCUUAUUAUCAGAAAUAAUGCUGAUAUCUGUAACUCAUGUCGGAAGUCGUGUAUGAAGAGACAGCCACGAUGAUCGCCGCAGGGGAAUUGCAGUCGUUUGUCCCGUUUGGCCGCGAGCACUGCAGGAACCAUCCAAAUGCCUUCAACCUGCAGCUCAGAGAGCUUCAGCCUGCCUCCGAGCUCUGGUCGUCAGACGGCGCCGCCGGCCUUGUGGGGUCCCUGCAGGAAGUGAGUCUCCAGGAGCGAGAGAGGGAAUGCUGGCAGCUUAGGAAGGGCUGCAUGGGAGUCAGGGAGGAGGAUGUGGAGUUUGAAGAGGAGCUCUACGCAGCAGGAAAUGUGGUCGUCUGGAGCCAGGGCAGUCGGACCCAAGCCUCCAAUGUAUACAAGGCCUUCACCGUUGACAGCCCAGUGCAGCAGGCCUUAUGGUGUAACUUUGCUGUUCCUCAGUCAAAGAAAGAUGAGGAAGAAGUGGAGCAGACAGUGUGUAUCAUCCAGAGUAGCUGUGUCAAUGUUCACACUGUGACCGGGAAGGAUUUCAUCUCACCACUACCCUUCCAGGUCUCAGAUGUCUUGGCGACCAAGUUUGGACUUUUGUUGGAACGAAAAAACACAGCGACCGACGCCCAACUGAGCCCCCCCGGGGAACCUUUGCCCACAUUGUUCAGCAUGCUGCAUCCUCUAGACGAGAUCGCGCCAGUGGUGUGUAAGCCUGCGGGCCUGUUUGAAGGCUCCUGUGUGCAGUAUGCGUCUGACUCCACCAUGAAGAUAGUGUUCUGUUGCUGUCAGCCCUCUAUCGUUGUCUCCUAUGACACUGUUCAGGGAAUACACUCUGUCUGGGCCCUGCGCAAGGUCACGCAUGAUGAGCGGUCUGCAGUCCUGCGGUGUCCGACCGAGCCAGUCGGCACACCGUUAGGUCUGAUGGCUUCAGGCUUCCUGACCUCUCACCUCCGUAACAUCUCCCGCCUCGACUCCCCCGGUGGGAGUGGGGCAGCUGGGCUCGGUCCUGGAACCGGAGCAAGUUGUCCUGUUGGCACAGGCUCUCCUCUCCACUACAGCGCUCUGCACAGCAACCAGAGCAGGAUCAUGACGUCCUCACCAGGUUUACACUCCCGUGUUCAUUCCCCGAGUAUAUCCAACAUGGCUGCCCUCAGCCGCGCCCACUCCCCAGGCAUGGCGGCUCCGUCCUUUUCAGGUGUGGCUCGUUUCAACACGUCUUUCCACAGCCCGUCCCCCAGGGGGCACCAUGGCUUGUUACCGUCGCCCAACAGCACGGUCAAUGAGACGAUGCUCGUGCCAGAGAUGGAGCCCAUCAUACCCGACCUCUGCAUGGAACAGCUGUGGAGUGAGACGGUCACCGCCGGCUGUCACAGGGAGAUGAGCAGCCAGGCAUCUAAAGUAUUCCUGACCUCUGACGUCUGUGAGAACCGCUACCUCUGUUUCCUGGUGGAGUCCCAUCAACAGCUCAGAUGUGUGAAGUUUAUUGAGAGCAAUGAUACAUCUCAGCUCAUCUUCGCCUCUGUAACGACCAUCCCUGCCAAAGAUGCCGAACCUCUGCAGAAUAUAGAUGCCAUGCUGGUUCUGGAGGCCUGUGGCAGUCUGGUCCUCUACACAGGAAUCACCAGGGUCAGUAAGGUGUUUGUCCCUGGACUCCUGUCGCCCACCUUCAGCCUGACCAACCACCUCCCUCACCUCAGCACGCCGGUGGAGAACGUUAGCACGCCGGCUAACGCUGGUAGCAGGCACCUCCAAAGACUGGAUGAGGCCGUGAUGCCUUCACCAGUGUCAGAGCUGAGGAGUUCAAACAUGAAACACCACGAAGCCUCAUUUUUGGAAGAUUACACUUUCCAACAAGCCAUGCCCUACAUCCAUGCCUUGCGGGACCCCGUCUGCAACCGCGUCACUCUGGAACUAAAUAGUGGCACAAUGCUGAGGAUCUCUAUUCCAGAGAUCGCUACCUCAGAGCUGGUGAGGAAAUGCCUUCAGGCGAUUCGUUUAAUCCUGCCCAAGGAAGCUGCCAUGAAGGUUUUGGUGAAGUGGUAUAACAUCUACAACGCCCCCGGCGGUCCCAGUGCCCAUGCAGAGUGGAACCUGUUUGUCACCUGUUUCAUGACACUGAUGGGCUACAACACUGAACGCCUGACUUGGACAAGAAACCUGCAUUUUGAAGUGCCUCUCUCUCCGGUGAUUGCAGCCAAGAAGGCUCGUCCAUCUGACGGAGGCUCUGAUGAGGACUGGGACUAUUUAUUGGGGUCUCAUUACCACGGUCAGAUGAAUUUUCAGCCUUCCUGCGGUCCAGUGGACUCCAGUGGCUCCAACAACACUCUCACCACAGAAACUGAGGGCCUGUCCUCUGUGUCUUCUCCUCCCAGUCCAUCCCUGAAGUUGGACAGUUCAGCUCCUCUCUUCCCCCACAUUCCCGCACUUUUCUACGUUCUCCAUCUGCUCUAUCAGGAGCUGCAGCUGGACGAGCUGCAGAGAGCAAGAGCCUCAUCACUGGUUUGUCUGCUGCAGCAGCUGGCCAGGGACCUCCAGUUGGAUGAAUAUGUGGAUCUGUACUGGAGAGACUACCCUUCAUUAAUUAGCGGCUUCACUGAGAGCUGCCUCAUAGACCAGGCUCUGAUUGGUCAAAUGCAGCGUCCAUCCUUCCUGAGAGCGGAGCCUCCAUGUGUGUUCAGCUGGCUCAGUAGCUGUCUGAGAGGAGAAGAGAUCCCUCCUUUCCCCUACCUGCCUGGCAUCUGUCAGAGGACCAGGCUGCUGGUUCUGAGUUAUGCGCUCUACAUCACCGGAGAUGAAAAUGCUACUUCGACAGAUGUGUCAAAGUACCUGGUCAAGCUCUCUGCAGGCCAGAAGUCCUGUGCCAGUGAACCGCAUUACAGAAGACAGAGCAGCGUGAAGACCAUGCUUUCCUGUGUGAGUCUGUCUGAGCAGCUUGUGGUCUGGCUCACCUCGGAGGGUUUCACCCUGAAGGACCUGGACUCAGUCCCGUUUGGCGUGGCUCUGCCCAUCCGAGAGGCCAUCUACCGCUGCAGGGAACAGCCGUGUUCUGAUUGGUCUGAGGAGGUCUGUAUGCUGAUUGGGCGACAGGAUUUGACCAAACAAGCCCACAAGAUGACCCUGGCCAAGAGCAAAGCUUCUGUAGGCUCAGGUCUGUCCUUGGAGCCUCCUGCGACGGCAGAAGCAGAUGAGGAGGAAGAUGGGAUGUCAGACAUCAUUCAAGAGGUCACAGGGCUGAUCUGGAGUCAGGAUCUUAGGGUCCAGGAGGUCCGGAGGCUCCUGCAGAGUUCCAGACCGGUCCGAGUCAGUGUUGUCCAGCUACCGGAGGUUUCUGACCACGAGUACAUAGAGGAGAAAGAGAACAAACUCCUGCAGUUGUGUCAGAGGACCAUGGCUCUCCCAGUUGGCCGAGGCCUCUUCACUCUCUUCUCCUAUCACCCUGUACCGACUGAACCUUUACCUGUCCCCAAACUCAACCUCACAGGCCGCGCCCCGCCUCGGAACACUAUGGUAGACCUGAACAGCGGGAAUAUUGACGUUCCUCCCAAUAUGACUGGCUGGCCCAGCUUCCAUAAUGGAGUGGCUGCUGGACUUAAAAUAGCCCCAGCUUCACAGGUGGACUCAGCCUGGAUUGCGUACAACAAGCCAAAGAGCCCUGAGCUGGCUAAUGAGUAUGCGGGCUUCCUUAUGGCCCUGGGCCUCAACGGACACCUCACCAAGCUGGCCACGCUCAACAUACAUGACUACCUCACCAAGGGCCAUGAGAUGACCAGUAUUGGGCUCCUACUGGGCGUGUCUUCAGCCAAACUGGGCACGAUGGACAUGUCAGUUACCCGCCUGCUUAGUAUACACAUCCCUGCCCUGCUCCCACCCACCUCUACUGAGCUGGAUGUACCACACAAUGUUCAGGUUGCUGCUGUAAUUGGCAUUGGGCUGGUCUACCAGGGAACAGGACACAGACACAAUGCUGAAGUCUUGCUGUCUGAGAUAGGUCGACCCCCUGGUCCGGAGAUGGAGUACUGUACAGACAGAGAGUCCUAUUCACUAGCUGCUGGACUCGCCCUGGGCAUGGUCUGUCUGGGGCAUGGCAGUAACCUGAUUGGGAUGACAGACCUGAAUGUUCCUGAGCAGUUGUACCAGUACAUGGUGGGGGGCCACCGCAGGGCUCAGGCCGGGGCCAACCGGGAGAGACAUAAGUCUCCCAGCUACCAAAUCAAGGAAGGUGACACAAUCAAUGUGGAUGUGACGUGUCCAGGGGCCACGUUGGCCCUUGCCAUGAUUUACCUCAAGACCAACAACAGGUCGAUUGCUGAUUGGCUGAAACCUCCAGACACUUGGUUCCUGUUGGAUUUCAUCAAGCCAGAGUUUCUGCUGCUGAGGACUCUUGCUCGGUGUAUUAUCAUGUGGGAUGAAAUCCUCCCUAAUACUGAGUGGGUCAAGAGUAACAUACCCCAGAUCAUGAGAGGGACUUUUGACCCUUCAGAGGACAUUAACAUGGAGACAAUGGCCCAAGCCCAAGACUACAUUACAGCUGGGGCCUGUAUGGCACUGGGCUUACGCUUCGCCGGUUCUGCCAACUCCGAUGCCUUCGACUGCCUCUACGAGUUUGCCAGGAGCUUCAUGAAGAUCAUGUCCUUCGCUGGUACAGCUGCUGUUCAGACAGGUUAUUACAAUCUGCAGACCUGUCUGUCAAUGAUCCUGCUGGCUAUGUCCAUGGUGAUGUCCGGUACCGGGAACCUCAAGGUCCUGCAGCUCUGUCGCUUCUUCCACAAGCGAACCGGCGGCGAGAUGAACUACGGCUUCCACAUGGCUCAUCACAUGGCACUGGGCCUGCUCUUCCUUGGAGGGGGGAGGUACACCCUGAGCACCUCCGAUUCAGCCAUCGCUGCUCUGCUGUGUGCCCUGUACCCACACUUCCCUGCUCACAGUACUGACAACCGAUACCACCUGCAGGCCCUGCGGCACCUGGCCGUGCUGGCUGCCGAGCCACGCCUGCUGGUCCCUGUGGACGUGGACUCCCUGAAGCCCUGCUACGCCCUCUUAGAGGUCACCUACAAGGAGACCAAGUGGUACGAUGAGACGACAGUAGAACUGAUGGCUCCCACCAUGCUUCCUGAGCUGCACCACCUCAAACGGGUAAAGGUGAAGGGGCCACGUUACUGGGAACUGUCCGUAGACCUCAGCAAAGAAACGCAGCAUCUGAAGUCCAUCCUGUCUAGAGAUGGGGUGUUGUAUGUGAAACUACGGGCCGGCCAGCUGCCCUACAAAGACGACCCUCAGGGCUGGAAGAGCCUGCUGGCCUCCACCGUCAACCAUCGCAACUCUGGAGUCCGAGCCUUCAAGCCCGAAGCCAUCUCUAUGUUCACCUCUGAGCCCGCCUUGGUCUCUUUUGCCGAGUUCUUCUGUAAAACCUCUGAAGGAAUGAAACACCGGGAGGAUACUCUGGUGUUGUUCUCGGCCAUGCUUUAUGAAUGUGUGACGCAGGAGUGUCCGGAGAUGCUGCCCACAUACAUCGCUAUUGAGCAGGCGGUAGGUGCCCUGCGUCGGGGUGACCUGAUGCAGACCUUCCCCCUCUGGCAGCUGCGUCUGGUGGUGGAGCUGUGGGACAGCAGGGUGCUGCGGGGUGCCACUAAUCGCCAUGACGUCCUGCUCACCUCCGAGUUUCUGCCCGUCAUGAAGAACACAGUGGAUGUGGCACUGGACAGCUGGCUCAAAGAAAACAGCUCAGUGUUGAAGUCCUACAUGAGAGGCGAAGCCCUCCCCAAGGAGUCCCAGUCCAUCACAUUGGCCUGCUUCUUGGUGUACCGCUCCAUCCCCUGCCUCAGGAACACACAAACGCAGCUGGAGGGCUGCAGCUCACUCGGGGAUUUAUUGUCACGUAGCAGCCAGUUGGGCAUCCCUCUCAGAGACCUGCUAAGGCUGGUACCCAUCCUGCUGGACUCUGCAUCCAGACCUCAGACACUGCCAGGCUUCACUCUGCAAGCAUUUUCAUCCUGAUGCUCAGAACGACUCAGCUGGCCAGUAACCUCUCAGAGAUGCAGUUCAUAGCCUUAACGUUCCCGUUGCGAGCACAGGUAGGACAGAUAGCUGAUUUCUACCUGUAACACCUGUGGGCGUGUGCAGCAAGUGAGACAAAAUGUGACCAUAAGACGUCUUGCAUCCCUGUGUUGUGGCUGCCCUGCCUCUGAGAAGAACAGUUUGAAAAAUGCAGACUUUGUUUCCUUCUCUGCCACUAGAAAAUGGAAUAACUAAUAUUAGAGUUUUGUAAUAUAAUAUUUCUAUUUAGUUUUUUUUUUUUUUUAAUAUAAAGAAUGUUUAGGCUCCAGUAAUGAUGCAGUGUCGAGCCAUUUUUGUCGUGCAACAAAACCAGGAGGCGGACUUUUUCGAUGCGUACCAUUUGCUCAAAAGUCCAGCAGCAGGCAACUUUUCCUCCCUGCCAAACAAGGACAGAAACAACUGGUCAAUACAAAAUGAAAAGUCGUACCAGUGACCAUGCUGCCUUUGAGGACUCUCCUUAGUUCAGGCUGGUGUGCUGUGACGACAGGAAAACUGAGGCGAGACAAUAAAAUGGAAGAGUACCUGUACAGUUCAUGAAUACUGUGUUUUAUUCUGUGUCUUAACAUUUCCCCAUGAGGCAGAAAAUCUGAAGGACAUCUUUUUGAAAAACACUCGUGCUUUUUCCUGGGUGUUAUUUUAUGUUUGACAAGACCAGCUGAGGUUUUGCUGCUCAUUAAACCUCUAAGAGCGCUCUGUUUUUUUGGUUUUGCUGUGUUCCUUCAUUGGCUGAACCCUAAUCAGCCUCCAUACAACAUUGUCCAUCAUGUAUUUGUUAAAACAGAUCUUACUGUUGUGGUGCCAGCACUGCAUCCCUGUGGUCAAGAUGAAGGUCUUUUGAAGUGAGUCGAAGAUCAAAACGGGCUGUGGGUUUGCUUCGGGUGCUUCCCCACAUGAAAGGA